CAACCGGUUAACCAAUUGGUGCCGCAAGGAAGCGCGCGCGCGCACACACACACGCACGUGCACACACUGGCGCAUCCUGGCAAGUGUUGUAGUGUGUUUUUCCUACCGGACUUUAAGUGGAAAAAAGCAAUUUGUGAUUCGGAAACAUCACGAUUGGAUCGAAUUCCAUCAGAUUUGCCGAGUAAUUUGGUGGAAUUGCAUGUGACUCAUCAGUUUAUUUCCGUCCUCGGUGCCGAGGGACUUCGGGAACUUGUCCAUUUGCAGACUUUGGCCAUCGAAUCCAGUGGACUACGUCGCAUUAUGCUGGAUGCAUUUCAAUCACUCACAAAUCUGACUCAAUUGAAUUUGCGUAACAACUCACUGCAGUUGGGCUACAAUGGUCUACCGGCCGAGGUAAUACGCAGUUUACCCCGAUUGAAAAUGCUCAAUUUGGCUGAGAAUCCACUGGAUAUUGUGCCUGAUCUGUUCUUCACAACACCUGGAUCUGCAAUUCCGACUUUCGCGGGUCUUCGAUAUCUUCGUCUACUCGAUUUAAGCUAUGCGAAACUGACCACUUUACCAGUCAGUUUGGCUAACCAGUUGGAUCUAAUGCCUGAACUAAAGGAACUAUAUCUGGGGGGAAAUCCAUGGCAUUGUGACUGUCAGCUUCGUUGGUUACCUCGAACUGGGCUAGUCUAUUUGCAACAACACGUUAUCAGCGAACCAAUUUGUUUCAGUCCCGAACCACUGAGAGAUCGGAAACUUUUUGGUUCUGACCCUGUUGGAACUAUUGAUUUUUCGGAAUUUCACUAUGGCGCACUAAUAAAAAACGAUUCCCAUUUCAGUGUACUGAAUCAAUUUGUUGAGGAAACACUCGUAUCCGAAUUGUAUGCUCAAUUCUCUCGGGUUGGAGAAUCCACAGCAAUCAGCUGCACUUUGGAUGGUUAUCCUGGAGAAAUUACAGCUACCUAUCAUGUUACCGUUGUUCCGUACGAUGCCUCAUUGGACACAGACAAUCAAGGCGGUCUGACAGGUAAUCUGGAGUUGACUGGAAUAAGUGUUACUCAUCAAAGUUGGAUAUAUGCUGGUGUAGGUGCUGGAAUUCUAUUCAUUCUGCUUACAUCUAUCGGAGUGGGAAUUUUUUACUGUUGUGACCCCCGUUCGCAGGCAGAUCAGACAUUCCAACGAAUUGUGGGUAAAGAUCAGGUGAAUCGAUUACGAAGUUGUUACGGUUGCCAAAAAUUGCCGGGAUCGGCCACAAAACAAAAUGGGGAAGAAUCACGUGAGAAAGGUCUGGACGCGAGUGGGGUCAGAACGAACGAUGCACGAAGUCAGAACGGUGAGGAAACUGCGGGGAUCGAGCUGUGUCCUCAUUCGGUCUCACGAAGUAAUUCGCCACUGAACCAAGCGUUGCCUAAACCAAUCAUAGUAACCUCAGUCAAGUCGGAACAAAGCACAACUACGAAUACUACAGUGCCCACACUCACCACACCUCGAUCUAGUUUAGCCCCUCUGGGUGGGUCACUUAUUCGUGAAACUGUUUCCACCGGAGAAAAUCGCCUGUUGGUCUCAUGUGAUGGGCCUGAGCCAACUGUCUUAUUGGCCACACGGUUUUCUGCCUACAAUGAUCUCAGUUCCCCAUCAUCUGUGUAUGGCAUGUUCGACGCGAGUAAACUUUCCCCGUCGAUCAAAGUCAGUUUACCCGGCUCGGUUGGCAGUUAUAUAUGCAGUCCUUCCUUUUCCGGUCAACCACCAACUGCGUUAAGUGAUAAAACACACAUCUACGCCAGUUUAUCACCGGUGACAAAUUUACAAGGAUUGCACAAAACACCACAACUCAUAUCACUUCCGAAAGCCCGCUACACUACCCCGUGUCCCGUUCAUGGUAGCAUACAACUGGACCGAGUUGGACUGUCUCAAACACAAAAUCCCUCCAUCCCAGGUGCUCAUAUGAUCAAUCCGGUCGAUACAGACCAAAACUAUGGAUCAGGUGGAUCAAGCCGUUUGGGCUUGGUCCCAAAUAGCACAACGUCAUCCUCGUCGACGGUUGUGCUGACCUCGUCUACAGGGCUUAUUGCAGCUGGGAAACCAAUCGCAGAUGGAGCUAAUUCAAUGACUGAAUUGACAGGAAAACCAAAGUUAAGCGCUCUUCCGGAGCAUUGGUAUCGAUCCACAAUCAAUCGAUCUAAAUUUAAUACCGAUUCACUAGAUCACGAGGAAGCAGAAGAUAAUCAGGAUGCAGAGGACGAAGAUGAAGAAAACGAUGAGGAUGUAGACGACGUUGAUGUGGAUGGGGAUGAACAAGAUGACGAUGAGGAGGAUGAGGAUGAUGAUGAUGAUUCGGGUCUUUUACCACAUUCCACUAACUUAAAUCCAUUAAAUAAAUCUGACAACCUAUUCCGCGGUGCGGCCCAAUUUUCCGAUCCGAGGCGGUUUAAAUCCCGUGGCGGGACCACGUUACAUCGCCCCAAAAGUUUUACUGUUCUCAAUUCCCGAUUAGUCAGUAGUAAAUCUCGUAUGAUUAUGCCCCAGUCUGGCAGUGCACACAGCAUGCGUCCAGACCCCAGUCGAACUGGCCGUUGCUAUAUCUACCCGACAAGUGAUACGGGAAUUCUCAGUUCCACCGGUGCAAACACACCUCCCAAGCGUCGUGGACUCGGAACCCAUCCUCGCGCCGUGCCUCGUAUCCCUCCCAGGAGGCCGUCAACAGUUCGACCUUUACCGUCUGUUGGCCCACCGUAUAAAUCGUGUAUACGGACUAGUUUCAGUGGCGAUUUAGAUCGAGUUCGCGAACCUGUCACGGUUCAUGGUCCUCCUGGUUCAAAUCCAGAAACUAGCGAUGAAACGUGGAAUUCAAAUUCAAAUUCCGAUUCCGGUACUCCGACAGAGGAAACCAGCUCAUUAACUAACGCCGUUGAAGUAAUGUCCAACACAGAAAGAUCCACUUAUGCAGAAAACGAAUUUGCCGGGUUUCCUCGAAGGUUAGCCUCGGUCCGACGUCGCGGUUCGUCCAGCACUUUGAAUUUUCCCACUCACAACAUCGGUUGGUCAAACUAUCCCUCAGCAGGUGGCCAUCACCAAUUCUCGAACGCUCCCGUUACAAGCGGUAUGCGUUCUACCAGUGGUAAUGUGUAUCGAGUGGCUACGCUGCCAUCACGACUACGUCAAUCUCGCAGUCCCGGCAGCGGUUCAAACAGUGUGAUUUUAUCCGGUCAAACAAUGAUGAUGAUGCACCCGGCAGUUCCCACUAGUGGAUCGUAUCGUGAUUUCGCCACCAUCCAGCGUCGUUCAUCCACACAACGAUCUCAAACACUCGUACGACCGGGGAGCAAGCACAAAUUGGACACAGAUAGCGGAACUGAUAACAAUGAUUGUUGA